AUGCUCAUUCUCGCCAUUGGAGACUUACACAUUCCUGAGCGCGCAGUUGACAUACCGCACAAGUUCAAGAAACUCUUACAGCCCACGGGAAAAAUCCAGCAAGUUUUGUGUCUGGGGAAUGUGACAAACUCGCAAUCGACGUUAGAAUUUCUGAAGUCCUUAUCACUUGAUUUUCAGAUGGUUAAAGGUGACCUCGAUCUGGACUACAAUCUUCCACUUUCGUUGGUCUUCAGUCACGAUAAGCUCAAGGUGGGCCUUGUGAAUGGGUUUCAAAUAGUCCCUAAAGCGGACCCUUUGAGUCUACUAUCUCAGGCGCGACUGAUGGACGUGGACAUAUUGAUAUACGGCUCGACACACAAGGUUGAGGCAUACACGCUUGACGGGCGGUUUUUCGUCAACCCUGGUAGUGCCACUGGUGCGUUUAGUACGAGCAAGAUGGACCAGGAGGAUGUGGAUACGGUGGAGGCGUAUUUAGCAGAGAUGAGCGGAAAGAGACCGCAAGGAGACGAGAAGAAAGAGGCUCACGGCAAGGAGAAUGACCAGAAUGGCCAUACGACAGAGGAAGAGCAGCCAGAAAAUAGCUCACCCGAGAAGCCUGUGGAAAUUGGAGAGUACAUGGAUCCCGUUCCCAGCUUCUGUCUUUUGGACAUCCAAGGCUCUGUGUGCACGCUGUAUUUGUACACACUGAUCGACGGUGAAGUGAAGGUGGAUAAACUGACCUACAGAAAAGAUGAACAGGAAUAAAAAAAGGGACAAUGACGAGCCUGGAAAAUAGGGCAGUCUCCGCAUGUGUAAAAACUAUUGUGCUGGAGAGGAUUUAAAGAAAAAACUCGACUGAAAAUUUUUUUAGUACUCUAUUAUAUUCAUCUUUAUAUUUGUCAGGAGACGGAUGGAAAGAUCAAUCACCAUUAUGAUGACCAGAGUGCAUUUGGCUCGAGACGGGCCAGGGGGCGUUGUGUCCGCUGGUUUUGUCGAUGUGGAAAAAAACACGCUACCUAACUAAAUUUGUCUGAAUCGUGAUGAUCAUCCAUUUCUUCUUGUCAGCUCUAACGUGAAUUGGCCAGCAUUACAGUAUAUGCAUUUACAUGAUUUCUCAGUCUCUAGUUUAGUUUUCCGACCCCUUCUUCUAGUAUGCUUUCUAAUAAGUCUUCCUCAAGGUUAUCCUCGACUCCUCCCUGGAAUGAGCUCGGCACAAGCUCCGACCGCACCAGAUUUUUCUUCAUAUAGUACGCAUCUUCCUUGUCCUGGUAAUAUGACUUCUCGAUGCUCAACACCUCAAAUUUGAGAGUAUCUUUGUAUAGAUGCAAUGCUGCCCUGUUACUCUUUCUAACGUGCAAAGAGACAUAUUUGGCAUCAUAGUUCUCGCAAAGACUGUACAGACAUUGCCGCAUGAGCUUCUCUGCGAGUCCCAUACGCCUAUACGUGCGCAUCACCGAGAGAGAAGUUACAUGCCCGUGGGGUGUUUUAUCCUCCGAUUCUGGGUCAUCAUCCAUUUUUCCAAGCACAUAUCCGACGAUCUUCUCUCCUGGAGCAACGUACUGCAUGUCGCGCUUGGUCUCAUGUGCUGAAGGUCUAUCUUGGUGAUCAAGUUCGGGGUCUGUGGUCGUUGCCACAAACGAUGCCUGCGGCCACGAGAGCAAGUGAUACAGGUAAUAUUUCAUUGUGUAGUUCUCCGGUAAAUUAGUGAGGUUGGCAUUUUGCAUGCCUUCGAGGUCCUCUAUGGUGGCCU